CCAGCGCCGGUCUUACCUACAUGCAAAUGAGGGCACGUUCCACCCGCCUUGAGACCAGAGCGCGUGGAAGUGGAGAGGAAUGCAUUCAAACACUUUUGAGCCCACGAAAAACAAGUUUUUUUUUUACGUCCCAACAACUUUAAAGAACCAUUUUCAAAUUAGAAGAAAAACAAAUCUAUGAUUAGCGGAACUUAUUACGCGUUGGCAUUGUAUCAUUUUUAGCACAUUUUGAACUGUUAUGAGGCGAGAAUGAAUAAUUCGGAGGACAGCGGAAGCAAGUGCUCGCCUGCCCCCAUUUCAAGCUUCACGAUCCAGUCCAUUCUGGGCACCUCCAACGAGGGAGUCCGGUCGGCUGGAAAGGACAGCCCCAAAUCGCAGCCGAGGAAGCGGACGUUGUCCGUGUCAUCGGAGGACGACUGCAGCGCCGGAGAGGACUCGGGCGACUGCUACUGCUCUGAGCCCGGUGUACCAGAGUCCUGCAACCCGCACCAGCCUCUGAACUUCUCCUGCCUCGGUGCCACAAAGGGACUUCUACCUGUGCAGGAUGGGAUCGACCGCCGGCCGCAUUUGACACCAUCCAUACUACCGGAUUACAAAGACGAGCAGGAGCGAGCGUGUGGCCAAAUGUCUCCCGUUUCUGAAGAGAGACAACGUGAUGGCCAGGACAAACAGAGCAGCUCCGCCAAGAAGAAAACGCGCACCGUCUUCUCUCGGAGUCAGGUUUAUCAGCUCGAGUCCACGUUCGAUAUGAAACGCUAUUUGAGCAGCUCCGAGAGAGCCUGUCUCGCUUCCAGCCUGCAGUUAACGGAGACACAAGUGAAAACGUGGUUUCAGAACCGGCGGAACAAAUGGAAACGACAGCUCUCUGCGGAACUGGAAGCUGCGAACAUGGCGCACGCAUCGGCGCAGACUUUGGUUGGGAUGCCUCUCGUUUUCAGAGAAAAUUCGUUGCUCCGAGUGCCGGUUCCGAGGUCCAUCGCUUUUCCUACCCCACUGUAUUACCCUGGAAGUAAUUUAUCAGCUUUACCAUUAUACAAUCUUUACAAUAAGAUUGAAUAUUAACUUCUGCGCACAACGAAAACUCCUUGCUAAAGGAUGACACAUUAGUACAAAAUACACAUUUAACUAUGUUUGACAAAAUUCAUGUCUAUUUAUACCUCUUUAUUUGGUGAAAAAAAUAUAUUUCUUAUUAUGCGGCAAUUAAACGAGUAUAUGUGUAAAACACAAAAGCAACACGGUUCUGUACAUGUCCUAUAAAAUACACCAUGUGUAUAAUUAUUAUUUUGUACUUUUAUUUACAUUUCUGUCCCCCGAUUAACCAGUUUUACACAUUAUGAGGAGUAAAAACAUUGAAAUAAAAGUGUAAUCAUUCGAUUCCUGUCUCUAAAAUGAAAACAUCUAAGAUUUGGAAAGUACACUCAUCAAUAUUGAUAAUAAUAAUAAUGUAUUGCACUGUAUUGUAUUUAUUAUUUCUUUAAAAAGAGGUCUAUUAAAUACACAAUGAUUGACAGUAAUACCAGUUUAAAAACUGCAGUAGCACAUUUUGAUGUGAUGCCUUUUCUUCUAAACAAAAACAUAAUAUUUACUAAAAUUUAACAUAAUGUUUACUGCUCAUUAUUUUACGAGCAGUCUUCGAAUGACCACAAUAGCAGAAGGCCUACAUGGAACCUUGUGAAUGAAUCUUUAGUAGUUCAGUGUAUAAAUUCUACACUGCUCUCUGUUUCGUGUGUUUAAGCUCAAGACAAACAUUUGUGUAGUGACACUGGGUCAUGUAAAUUGUCCCUAGUUGAUGCUUUCGCAAUUAGGGAUAAUUACAUGUUGCUUGUCACACGAACACGCAUUCAAACAUUCUCGGAGACAAGCGGAACGUCAAAAGCGCAGCGGGGCCUCAGAGAAGCCGCAGUCAAGAAUGACAAUGCUCGCGGUGCAAUCUGAUAAGACGCACCCGCUGUCAAAUUACAAAGAGUGUAGUGGUGUCAUGUUGCACUGAUUCCGUGUUCUCUAUACCUGCCACAGAGAAAGUUCAUUAUCAACACACAUAAGUACUUUUUCCGACAUGAUGAAUGCCAUCUUGAAAUAUGUUAAUUUAUGGAUUGCAGAUUAAACAAAGCAGUUUUAACGGAAUCUGGAGAGAAAUUUGAUGUUGCGCACAAAUAAAAAUAUUUAAACAUGAAGUAUUACAUUUAAAAUAUAGUUAGAGUUUAAUUUAAACAU